GUAAGCUAGCUUCUGAUUGGUGGACGCAGAACCAAGUCCUAUGGAUAAAUACGUGUCUGAGUCCUGAUCUAUCCUCACAUCGUCACAAUGGCCUUCCUGUGGACUGUUUCCUGCUUCGCUUUCAUCAGCGCCGCUUACGGCUGCGGCUCCCCAGCCAUCCAGCCCCAGGUGACUGGCUACGCCCGCAUCGUCAACGGUGAGGAGGCCGUCCCCCACUCCUGGCCCUGGCAGGUGUCUCUGCAGCAAUCCAAUGGAUUCCAUUUCUGCGGAGGUUCCCUGAUCAAUGAGAACUGGGUUGUCACCGCUGCUCACUGCAAUGUCAGGACCUACCACCGUGUGAUUGUUGGAGAGCAUGACAAGAGCAGUGCCAUUACCAGCGAGAAGGUCCAGAUCCUGAAGCCCUCUAAGGUCUUCACCCAUCCUGAAUGGAACUCCAGAACCAUCAACAACGACAUCUCCCUCAUCAAGCUGGCUUCCCCCGCUGUCUUGGGAACCACCGUCUCCCCUGUGUGUCUGGGUGAGAGCAGCGAUGUCUUCGCCCCUGGCAUGAAGUGUGUGACCAGCGGCUGGGGUCUGACCCGCUACAACGCCCCCGGCACCCCCAACAAGCUUCAGCAGGCCGCUCUUCCCCUGAUGUCCAACGAGCAGUGCAAGCGUAGCUGGGGCAGCAACAUGAUCUCUGAUGUCAUGAUCUGUGCCGGAGCUGCUGGCGCUACCUCCUGCAUGGGUGACUCCGGUGGCCCUCUGGUCUGCCAGAAGGGCAACGUGUGGACCCUGGUCGGUAUCGUCUCCUGGGGAAGCAGCCGCUGCUCUACCUCCACCCCCGCUGUCUACGCCCGUGUCACUGAGCUCCGAGGCUGGGUGGACCAGAUCCUGGCUGCCAACUAAGGAUUCACACGCCAACCUUCCAGUCCUUUCCAGACACCUCACUUUUCCUGGUGGGAUGGCAAAUUUUAAUAAAAUGUACUUGAAUGUACUUGAAAACAAUAACAA